AAGAAGGUUCCGUUUCCGUUCCUGUCUACAGCAUUUUUUGUUUUUGUUUGGUUUGGUUCGAGCUUUUAAAUUGUUAAUCUCAACUUGAAUUACCGAAUGAUACUUUAACCCGUGUAUAAUACUUAUAAUUAGAAACCAAAAUGAAUGCUGAAAAGUUAAGUAAAUUAUCCAGUCAAGUCCGGAUCGGUGGCAAGGGUACAGCUAGAAGAAAGAAGAAGGUCAUCCAUCGAACUGCUACCACUGAUGAUAAGAAACUUCAAAAUUCUUUAAAGAAAUUAGCCGUCAACCCAAUUCCUGGUAUUGAAGAGGUUAACAUGAUUAAGGAGGACGGAACUGUUAUUCAUUUUAACAAUCCUAAGGUUCAAGCUUCGCUCACUGCAAGUACUUUCGCCAUCACUGGACAUGGUGAAACCAAAAAAUUAACUGAUAUGGUACCCGGUAUUUUGACUCAAUUGAGAGCUGACAAUCUUAACAGUUUGAAAAACCUAAACCCAUCCUCUAAUCCGGGUGAUGCUGCUGCUGCAGACGAUGAAGAGGUUCCUGAACUAGUGGGAAAUUUUGAUGAAAACGCCAAAGAGGAGUAAUGGUCACAUGUUUAAUUAAGUUGAUCUAGCUGUUUAUAUAAUGGAUUGUGUAUUCAAUAAACUUUUGCUGAACAUCACACACUUCUAAGUUUUGAAAAUUGAUUACGAACUUGCCCGUAAUUAUCCAGAUUUUAUCAGCUAUCUUUGAAUUGUUUUCCAGUAUUAAUAUUACAAUUUAAUAAAUUAACUGAAAUCUUUUCCUUAA